CACAGUUCCUAAGUACUCUUGUGCAUUUCUCCUCCACUAUAAAUUUACUAAAACUUUAGACAUAUCUCCUCAUGAACCAACCCUUUGAAAAGACUAAUAUCAACAUGAUGCCCCUUUUGUUUUCAUCUUCAUCUCAUCUUUCGUUCUUCUUAUUUUACGUCAUAAUAAUGAUUUACUUUCCCAAACAUCCUUGUGUUGCUCGCAAGUCACUAGCUAACAAGGCUGUAGAGGAGCUUUAUUUUAGCACUGAUUCAUCUCGUGUAGAAAACGGUUCUAAAGGAAUCGCGAACCUUCAACAGGCCAACAAAUCAGUAGAAGACUUUCACAAGGAAAAGAAUGAUAAUAAAGGCACGUUUUCAGGUAGUGAAAUUAUUGGGUCUGAAUCUUCUCUAUCAUCUUUGCCCCACGCCCGUUUGCACAAGGCAGCAAAAAUAAAGGACCGACAAAAUGUGUGGUGCGUGGAAUUCUUGACCUACUUAUAAGCAAAAUAAUCUGCAACUACUACUACGUUUCUCUGAUGCAAUGUUAUUCUAGAGCUAGUGUUUGUUUAAGCGAGCUCUGUAUAAUGUCUAUAGAUGAUAAAUUCUAUAUAUGCUCCGAUGAUAUAACAGAAGAUUUGCAUAAUCAUAUCACUUGAAAGAUAUAUUGAUAAUUUGGAAACAAACGGCAACUUAAUUACCUACUACUCCCUCCCUCCCAAAAAGAUUGUCUUACUUUCCUUAUUAGUUUGGCUCAAAAAGAUUGACACAUUUCUAUAUUUAGAAACAAUUUAACUUUAUGAGAUGAUUUACAACCACACAAA